CUACGCAGAUUGCAGCCGUACCAGCUCCAGCGAUAUACGUCUGUUCAACCCUUCCUCGUCAUCGCCAAUCGCCUCGCUGUCAUCGGCCAGUAGCGCGUAAUGGUCUCUCUCUGCCUGGUCAAUGCACUGCUCGACUACUGAAGGGGAGCCAGGCUCGACAUACCCCCCCAGAGAGAGGGUUGCAGGUCGCACAGCAAAGGCUAACGCCACGCCAGACACCACCUUGUCUGUCGUAUGACCAUCAUGCACCUUGACAGUGAGCGAGGCGAUGUGAGGGUAUCGGGUGCACUCGGGGACGGCUUGCGCCUCUGAGCUGCCCGAUGCCCAGGCCGAUGCCGUCACAUGCACGCUCUUCAGCUUGGCAGUGGGGGGCAGCUGCGAUAGGCAAAACGCUGCCACACCCAGGUUCGACAAACAGCCUAGGCUAAGUUUCGUGAGCCUAUCGAAUGUCCCCAGCAACGCACCCAGGCCAUCAAGCCCUGUCGCGUCAUCAGGCAGCCUCCGACGCCCCCGACCGUCGUCGCCCGUAUCGAGGUCGAGGGUGGUGAUGUUGGGCAGAUGGCGAUUGCCACCGGUGGUGUCGCUCUUGGCUGCCAUCCACUGCGGCACACUCGACAACGCCCGGGAUGACGACAGGUCCACCAUCAUGAGACAAGUGGCCUUGGUGAAGACCAGCAGGCCGGCCCACGACUGGUCCAGAGGCUUCCCGCCACACCACAGAAAGACCUGUUUGUAUCCAUCCGUGCAGCCAAACAGACAGUGAGCAGGAAUCGAUGUUUGUCCCUUUGCAGUCUUGUGUUGGUGCCCUGCUCACGUCGUGGGCCGUGCUGCACAUGAUUUUGAUCAUCUUGGCGAUGGGGCCAGUGGGUGCAGGAGGCGAAAUGACGAGGUCCCUGGAGCAGUCGAUGUCCAUCCGACUCGCCUUCCAGUCGAUCGUGCACUUGACCGACGCUGCAGACAGACACAACACGACAGAGAUGCGUAGCAUUGCAAUCCUCCCGUUUGUCCAUUUGUCAGAUCGUCCUACCAACUUACCAGCCCAGUCGAGAAAGGCAGGAAGGCUCAUGGCAUCAGGGUCUCUGGAAUGGAGCAGCUCAUGGGUGAAGGGGACGAAGAUCCUGCCACUGAACUCCAGGCCGAUCCUCUUCUCAACGUCUGCACAUAGGCACAGACAGUGCGGUCAGCCCGCUGUCGGUGGCUCCUCUGUCUGUUCUCGCUCGGUGGCUCACGCACCCUUUAGGCUAUCCUUGCUCCAGAUUGGGUCGAGAGCACGCUUCAGCUUGCCCAGCUUGAGGGCGAAUUCGUGGCUGCCGUCCAUCUCAAUUCGGUCCAUCUGAACCCACUUGAUGUCGAUCAGGUGCGGGCAUCCCUGAAUGAGGGAGGCGAAAUCAUCCAGCGAAAUCACACUCAGGUACCCGAUCGCUGGAAACAAGGAGGAGGGACAGGGGAGUCAUCUAUUGGUGCAGCAGCCGCAUGUGGGAGGCAUGACUGCUCACACAGGGACUUGAGCUUGGGAGCGUGAUCCAGGAUGUCCUUGACAUUACGCUCAAGCCAGUUGGGCAUCUUAAGGCGAAGAAGAGAUGGAAACUGCCACCCACGGAAGCUUAACACACACACACACACAGAGGGGAUGAUCAGUGCAUAGCGGUGUGACCAUGAAGAGCACUGAUACUUACCCACGGUGAUCUGGCCACGAUUUGACGUAAAGGUCCUCCAGCUGUGAGAAGGCCACAGUGGGCGGCGAUGUCGGCACGCUGUAGUGAUAGCUGAAGGUCUCGCAGAGCUUCAUGCUGGUGAUGGUGUCGCGGGAGGCCUCGAUGCACUUGAGAGGGAAGGAGAGGCCCUUCCAGUAAGUGCCGAUGUGCACCGUCCGCAGCCGACCCUGCAGCAUACAGGACAGACACACCAUAGAAUAAAGUCAGCAAUGGUCUCUACUUAAGAGUGGUGCGUGACCCACCAGUUUCUGCUUCAGAUUGUGGAGCGUCUCGUCCUCUCUCUGCCGCCUGAGGUCCGCCCCACCCGCCGCCCCCUCCCCGGCCGAGUCGUCCUCUCCCUCUUCCUCUUCAUCCUCCUCGUCAUCUCCAUCCUCCUCAUUGCUGUCGUCGUCAGAGACGCCGAGGUCCUCACCCCUCCGUCUGGCGUUCCUCCGAGUGUUCCGAUGCCACCACUGCCAGUCGUCCACACCGAUGACCAAAUGGCGGUACACGCCCCUCGUGUCGUCGGUGACGACCUGCUUCAUGGCCUGGUUGACGCGGGAGAGGGGGGCGGCGUCUUUGGUGGGCAGGAAGGCCAACACAAUGUGGGCCACGUCGGGCGGCAGACCGUCCAGACACGGACGACCGAGCUGACCACACACACAGGGGCCCACAUGUCGUGUGUGGAUGUUCGGGCUGAUUUGGUGUGGCUUGCCUGAGAUAUUUUGGCGUCUGGUGGGAGGGUUUUGUUGGCGAUGGGCCGAGGGAGUGGCGGCUUGGCGACGCCCACGCUGUCGAGUGUCUUGAUGAGACCCCGCAGCAUGUCGUGUCGCCACAUGACCGACUGAUCCAAAGUCUGAAGCUUAUUCGACAGGCCCGGCACCUGCCAACACACACAUCAGCACUCACAGACAGAAGGAAAAGUGUGUGUCUGUGUGUGUGUGUGUGUCUGUGUGUCUGUGUGUGUACCUUGUCGGCCAGGGUGGGCGUGACAUUUGGUCGCACCUUUAACAGCACGGCCGCCGUCUGCACCUCGAGCGAUUUGAUCUUCUUCAACAAGGGGACCAGCCGACAAACAUUCGCCUUGUCGGCCUGAUGGAAUGAACGAACACACGGGCACACACAGAGCCAUCAAGUGUGUCUGUCUGCGUGUGUCGUCCCUGCAGGUGGUUGUGCUGCUGACCCAGUCUAUGACGGGCCGCAUUUGUUGGUCCGACGGCUGGCCGCCAUCUACAGCUACACCAGUGCUACAUCCACCACCUGCAUGACGAGAGUGCACCACACAACAAAGGCAGCCGGCAACCAAUCAGUGAGUCGGUCUGUUCCCUUCACGGGUCCCUCUUCCCACCUCCAGCAGCAGCAGCAGCAGCUGGCGAUGAGUCAUAAGUGUCUACACGAGGCCGCUUGCCGGCAUUCUCGUCAGCUCCGCCAGGCAU